GUUAUAUUUAAAAAGUCGUCAGCCUAUCAGAACCAAAUUCGCGCGUACAGAAAUGGGAAGUCUUAUUUUUAGUAUUUGAAGAUGGGCAUGAAAAUGGCGUUGAUGAGAAUGAAUUUAUUGUCGAGACGAUUGCAACUCAUACUGGAUACUUGAGAGAUGCAACCCAACAGUGAAUCGUCUUUGAGUUGUCCAAUGUUGAUAGAAAGGCCAAAAGAGGAAGAUGUCCGUAUAAAGGAAGCAAAUACUAAAAGAGAUUAUGUGCGCUACACUGUCGAGUGCAGCAGCAGCAGUAGCAGCAGCAAAGCAGUCGGGGAUUCACACUCGAACUGCUCAGAGCAAUAUAAUACGUUCCCUGAUAGUAUUUUCUUGAAAGUUGUGAAAAAGUGGGUGUUGGGUGUAUUUUGACGGAAGAGCAUAAUAUGACUGUUAUCAAUUUCAUCGAUGCUAAUAUCCUUCUGCUACUGUUGUUGAAACGAUUCACUCAUCUCAAGGUUUCACGCAGCACUGUUUAUAACUUCAUGAGAUGUGAGUGCAACCUUGCAACCUUCUCCUGAGCUUAAUCCAAUAGAACAAUUCUGGGCGGUGGCGAAGAGUAAGGUUAAGCGUCAUGGUUUUGGCAAUAAGACACUUUAUCAAAAAAAAAAUUACGGAAGCAUGUGAAAGUGUGGAUAAAAGUCACUCCAAAGGGUUCGUUUCGCAUUCUUACAAGUGUUGGAAUGUAAAUGCCCAAAACAAGGACCCCAUGUAACGGCUGUAACGGCUUCAAGAACAAUAUAUAAUGCAGUGAUAAAGAAA